AUGAGAGAUAUGUAUGCUACCCUCUCAGUUCUAGAUGUGGAAGAUGAUGAUUCUUGGGAUGAGGAAUUGCAACAAGAUCCUAAAUUGCAGCAGUUGGUGCAGGACUUAAAUGUCUCUCCUACUUCUCAUUCUGGUUAUGAGUUCAAGAAGGGAAGGCUUUUGUAUAAAGGUAAAUUGGUGCUGCCUAAGGGUUCUAACAAAAUACCACUUAUCUUGGCUGAAUGCCAUGACUCUCCUUGUGGAGGGCAUUUAGGAUUGUUCAGAACUUUUAAAAUGGUCUCAAGCUUCUUGUUUUGGGAAGGCAUGAGGCGAGAUAUCAAGAAGUUUAUUGAAGAGUGUGAUGUAUGUCAAAGGAAAAAGUAA